AUGGCUCGGGAUAUGUCAGACAUUGACAUCCUUAAGAUGGAGCUGGAACAGCUGAAGAAAGAAGUCUCGACACCCAGGGAGCCUGUGUCCAAGACAUCCAAGGACACCAUGGACUGGUGUGAGGCUGCGUCUGGUACCGACCUCCUGAUAACAGGAGUACCAGAUGAUAAGAACCCCUAUGAGCCUGAGAAGGGAGGCUGCAUAAUCACCUAGCCCUCCCGGGGGACAAACAGCCCCAGGCGGGACGCAGGGAAAAACAUCAUGUUGUACUUACAUAGGAACAUAUGGCAAACUUAUUGCAGCUAUGUAUCACUCUUUACAGUGCUGAAGAGGCUGAAACUGGAGAGAAAAAAAAUCGGAGAGACGUCCACUAAGUUAGCCAGUUUAGGACAACACAACAUGUCACACUGACUAGGCUACACAAGGUCACCUGAGGCCACUGGGAGCUGAGGAGGAGAUUUAUCCAGGGACGAUUCAGGGGAUUAGAGGGAUCACUUGGUUACAAUGGUGUCCUUCCUUUCUCCUUGAAGACCUAUGACCCUAUCCCCCUCACCUGU